GUGCUGCCUGUUAUCUCAAGUUGUCGUAAAAUUUUACACCUCUUAUCAUCACUCAUUUGUCUAUACAAAUAUGCAACAUUCAUUCUAAAUUAUAUCGUAACUCAAGCAGAUUCAUUUGAGAAAUCAGUUUUCCGGGCAACGUUAUUGGUGUUAAAAGCUUGAAUGUUAAAUUAAGUAAAUUUCGAAAAUGUAUAAACAACGCACAGGAAUUGAAAAUCCUUCUUAUGUCAGCUCAAAUGAUGAUCCUGUAGAAGAUGGAGAUCAGAAUGGAUCUUGUGAAGUUCAAACGGAAGCAGAAGAACCUUCCGCCCCUAAACGCGACAACUGGGGAAAUGACAUCGAGUUUUUGAUGUCUUGCAUUGCCCUGUCCGUGGGUCUUGGCAAUGUGUGGCGAUUUCCCUUUAUUGCCUUAGAGAAUGGAGGUGGUGCUUUUCUGAUACCCUAUCUAAUUACUCUGUUUCUAGUGGGUAAACCUAUAUAUUAUUUGGAAAUGAUAUUGGGCCAGUUUUCUAGCCGAGCCAAUGUUAAAAUGUACAACUAUGCACCCAUAAUGAGAGGUAUAGCCUAUGGUCAAACAAUGGCAAUAUUUUUCGUAACGACCUAUUAUUCAUCGCUAAUGGCUUUAACUCUACAUUAUUUUAUCGAUUCCUUCUAUCCCACUCUGCCAUGGAGCUACUGCCGAAAGGAAUGGGGUGAUCUAUGUAUUGAUUCCAAAUUGGAUAGCGAUGAAAGCCGUAAGAGGGCGCAACAGAAUUCAACUGCAGUAAAGAAAUCUUCGGCAGAGUUUUAUUUUAUUAACAUUGUACUGCAAGAGAAAUCCAAUAUAGACGAUGGUCUAGGAGUGCCUAACUGGAAAUUGGUACUUACCCUGGCCUUUGCCUGGCUAGUGAUAACUGUCGUUAUUUUCAAAGGAAUCAAAAGCUCGGGGAAAGUUGCAUACUUCCUGGCCAUAUUUCCUUAUGUCAUACUCUUGGUUCUACUCAUAAGGGCUCUAACCCUUCCUGGGGCUUUUGAUGGGGUGUUGUUUUUCCUUACUCCCCAAUGGGAUAAGCUGCUCGAUGCCAAGGUAUGGUAUGCUGCAGUCACUCAGGUCUUCUUCUCGCUGACAGUAUGUUAUGGUGUCGUUGUGAUGUAUGCUUCCUUCAAUCGUUUUCGUCACAAUAUCAGAAGAGAUUGCAACAUUGUCACCUCCCUGGAUACACUUACAUCGCUGCUCUCGGGCAUAGUUAUUUUUGGUAUUCUGGGAAAUUUGGCUUACGAAUCAAAUAAUCCGAAUAUAAAGAGUGUGGUUAAAUCUGGACCAGCAUUAGCCUUCAUUUCUUACCCGGAUGCCAUAGCCAAGUUUCAGACCAUGCCUCAGAUUUUUUCAGCCUUCUUCUUUCUAAUGUUAUUCAUUUUGGGUAUUGGCAGCAAUGUGGGCAUUAUCUCAACCGUUAUUACGGUCAUAAGCGAUCAAUUUCCCAAUAUUAAACGUUGGAUUGUCGUGUUGGCUUCUGUGCUCAUCUGCUAUGGUCUUGCCUUGUUAUACGUCACUCCCGGAGGGCAAUUUGUCUUGAACUACAUCGACUUUUACGCUGUUACAUUGGUAGUAACAGUAUUGGGCGUUUUUGAACUUCUAUCGGCCAGUUGGAUAUAUGGCGUUAAAAAUAUUUGCCGUGACAUCAAAUUUAUGUUGGGAGUGGAAACAUCGGUUUACUAUCGCAUCUGUUGGGCCAUCAUCACUCCAAUUUUCAUGGCAGCUGUGUAUAUCUAUAUGUUGGUCGACUAUAAACCGCUCACCUACAAUGAUGUCCGUUAUCCCGAAAGUUUAUAUGCUUUGGGUUGGUGUAUUACUGCUAUUGGCGUGGGCCAACUUCUGAUAUGGGGUUCAUAUGCGAUUUGGAGUGGACCCGAACUGAGUUUUGAUGAACGUUUUCGAGGAGCUUUUAAACCUGCUUCUGAUUGGGGACCACUGGAUCCGACAGCUCUCAAGGAAUACCAAGAUUUUGUUAGAGAAACAACAAGUAUUAAAAAGACAGGGACUUGGUCAAAAAUUUUGGAUAAUAUUUUCGGCUAACUUUUGCUAAAGUAUGUACAAAUGUUGUUUUUUACCACUUAAAUUAAAACAAAGCAAUAAAAUAAUUUUAUUAACUCAAAACCCGAA